ACAAAUUAACGUCAGGCACACCCAUUUUCCCAAGAACAUCCUAGAUUUUCCGCCACCGUCUUCAUCCCCACUUGCCAUGUCAAUUCCUGAUUGGGAUGCCCCCGCCCCCUCCAAAUUCCAUACCUGAAAACCACAAUUCCCGAAUACCCAAAAUAUCUUGCAAAUUACUCAACAGUAAAACUCAACCGGCCCAUUCAAUCAGGCCGUUCAUCUCUUCAUCAAAUCGACACAACGUGAGCCGCUGUACACCCAAUCGAGACAUUUACGGCUUAGAUUUUUUGAGGCUCACAUGGCCUUCUGAUUUUCCUUUUGUUUUUAGAGAUUAGAAAAUCUUAUAAAUUAAUAGUAUUCUAGAGCACAUAUAUUAAGGGGCGGGACCAGUCGUUCACAGGAGGCAUGUUUUCUGCUGUGUAGUAUAGGGAAAACAAUUCAAAGAGGAGACAUUCUUUGAGAGAGGGUGCGGCCAUGGAGGUUCCUUUGCAAACGCAGAGACCACUCUGCUGUAGUACGCUCGCCACGGAUAAGACCCAGUUCAGGAUCAAGCCUUUUCUUGGGUUCUUCCCUCACUGGAGGACUACCCAAUCCUCACAACAGUCCUCUUCAUGGCAAAAAGAUUUCCGAGUGCCUGGGAUUUCGCAUAAAAUAACUUCAAGUGCUGAUUUUUCAAGAAGAAGGAAUAGAAAAAUGUCAAGUCCAAGGCCUAAGGACUCGACUCCCAAGGGUUUUAUGCCAAAAACACAGCUGGGAACAAGCUCUCAGAAACGGGAUCAAAGGAGUAAUAGAGAGAAAGAAGGUCAGGCUACACCCAAGUCCAAUGAGUAUGCUGCCUCCGACAGUAAAACACCUAAAUUGAGAGUCAGUACUGACAAAGAACAGUUGGCUGGAGUUCAUCAAGCAAACAAAAUUGAAGAACAAAGUGGAGAUAACAUGGAUGAGAAUGAAGAUAAGGUACCAUCAACUAUGAAACAAACAGAUAUAAACGUACAGCAAGAGGCUGAAAAUGGAAGAAUUGGUACAAUUAAUGAGGAUGUGAAUCCAAUUGUGGAAAAUGUUGAGGAUGGGGAAGAUACAGCUGGUUUAGGAGGAACUGUGCCCUUGGAUAGUUCUCAGAGUGAAGUUGUCAAAGAAAAUGAAAGCCAUGAUAUUGAUGACUUAGAGAAGACAAUGGCAACUUCAGUUGGUGAUGCAUUGAACGGAAUUUAUGUAGAAGGACAGAACUUAGAUGGACGUAAAUGUGAAGAUACCAGAGAAAAUGAAAGCCUUGAGAUUGUUAAGGAUAACACCAGAAGUCAGUUUGUUAUAGGAGAACCAGUGAAGGAAGCCAAUGUGUUAGUCACCAAAGAAAAAGAGGAUGAGGAUUCUUCUCUCAAGUUGAAAUUGGAGAUAGAAGCUUUUCAAAAACAGGUGGUGGAGAGGCUUGCAGAAGAAAAAAUUUCAAAAGGGAUUAAAAUGUUUUCUUAUCCUGAGGUGGUAAAGCCGGAUCAAGAUAUAGAUGUAUUCCUUAAUAGGAGUCUCUCCACUCUGAAUAAUGAACCUGAUGUUAUGAUCAUGGGAGCUUUCAAUGACUGGCGAUGGAGAUCUUUCACGGCAAAGUUGAACAAGUCUCAUCUCAAAAGGGAUUUGUGGUCUUGCAAGGUUCACAUUCCCAAAGAAGCGUACAAGAUGGAUUUUGUGUUUUUUAAUGGAAAAGAUAUUUAUGACAAUAAUGAUGGAAAAGAUUUCUGUAUAACUGUUGAAGGUGGAAUGGAUGUGUUUGAAUUUGAAGAUUUCUUGCUUGAGGAGAAACAUAGAGAACUUGAGAAACUUGCCAAGGAGCAAGCUGAAAGGGAAAGGCGGGAAGAAGAACAAAGGCAAAUUGAAGCAGAGAAGGCUGCAAUGGAAGCUGAUAGAGCACAGGCCCGAGAGGAGGUUAAAAGAAAAAGGGAAACUUUGCAGGGAUCUAUGAAAAAGGCUGCAAGAUUUAUUGACAAUGUCUGGUACAUAGAACCUAGUGUGUUCAAAGGCGAGGACAAGAUCAAGUUAUAUUAUAACAAGGGUGCAGGUCCCCUUCUUCAUGCUAAAGAACUGUGGAUUCAUGGAGGGCACAACAAUUGGAAGGAUGGGUUGUCCAUUGUUGCAUGUCUUGCCAGCUCUGACAGAAAGGAUGGUGACUGGUGGUAUGCCGAUGUUAUUGUUCCUGAUUGCGCGCUUCUUUUGGAUUGGGUUUUUGCUGAUGGUCCACCUCAGAAUGCCACUAUUUAUGAUAACAAUCAUCGUCAAGAUUUUCAUGCUAUUGUCCCCAAAGGCAUUCCUGAAGAACUUUAUUGGGUUGAAGAGGAACAUCAGAUAUACAAGAAACUUCAGGAGGAAAGGAGGUUAAAAGAAGAAGCAAUGCGCGCCAAGGCUGAAAGGACAGCAAGCAUGAAAGCUGAAAUGAAAGAAAGGACUCUGAAAAUGUUUCUGUUGUCUCAAAAGCAUAUUGUGUACACUGAACCCCUUGAUGUUCGAGCUGGAAGUACCAUAACAGUUUUCUACAAUCCUGCAAAUACAGUUCUGAAUGGAAAAUCUGAAAUUUGGUUCAGGUGCUCAUUUAACCGUUGGACCCACCGCAUGGGCUUAUUGCCACCACAAAAAAUGUCUCCUGCAGAGAGUGGUUCUCAUGUCAAAGCCACUGUUAAGGUACCAUUGGAUGCAUAUAUGAUGGACUUUGUAUUCUCCGAGAGGGAAGAUGGUGGAGUUUUUGAUAACAAAAAUGGCAUGGACUAUCAUAUACCAGUGUUUGGAGGAGUUGUGAAGGAGCCGCCAAUGAACAUUGUGCAUAUUUCUGUUGAAAUGGCACCAAUUGCGAAGGUUGGAGGCCUUGGUGAUGUUGUCACUAGUCUUUCUCGUGCUGUUCAAGAUUUGAACCAUAAUGUUGACAUCAUCCUUCCAAAGUAUGAUUGUUUAAACCUUAGCAAUGUGAGAGACUUCCAGUUUUUGAAAAGCUUUUCCUGGGGUGGGACUGAAAUAAAAGUCUGGACUGGGAAUGUGGAGGGCCUUCCCGUAUACUUUUUGGAGCCUCAAAAUAGAUUUUUUUGGACAGGUUGUAUAUAUGGUUGUCGAAAUGAUGCAGAGAGAUUUGGUUUCUUUUGCCAUGCUGCUCUUGAAUUUCUUCUCCAAAGUGGAUUUCAUCCUGAUAUCAUUCAUUGUCAUGAUUGGUCUAGUGCUCCAGUUGCAUGGUUGUUUAAAGAUCAUUAUAUGCACUAUGGUCUUAGUAAAGCUCGAGUUGUCUUUACAAUUCAUAACCUUGAAUUUGGAGCAUCCUUCAUCAGCAAAGCAAUGGCAUACUCAGACAAGGCUACAACUGUCUCAAAUACUUACUCAAAGGAGGUUUCUGGAAACCCUGCAAUUGCUCCUCACUUGUACAAGUUCCAUGGUAUAUUAAAUGGAAUUGACCCUGAUUUAUGGGACCCAUAUAAUGAUAAAUUUAUUCCAAUAUCUUACACUGCAGAAAAUGUUGUUGAAGGGAAAAGGGCUGCCAAGCAAGCCUUGCAGCAAAAACUUGGUUUGAAAAGGGAUGAUCUGCCUCUAGUAGGGGUUAUUACUCGCUUAACUCAUCAAAAAGGGAUCCACCUCAUCAAGCAUGCUAUUAGGCGUACUCUUGAGCGCAAUGGUCAGGUUGUAUUGCUGGGUUCUGCUCCAGAUCCUCGCAUUCAGAAUGAUUUUGUUGAUUUGGCAAAUCAGUUGCAUUCUUCACAUGCUGACCGGGCACGCCUUUGUUUGACUUAUGAUGAGCCUCUUUCUCAUCUGAUAUAUGCUGGUGCUGAUUUCAUCUUAGUCCCUUCAAUAUUUGAGCCAUGUGGACUAACUCAAUUGAUAGCAAUGAGAUAUGGUUCAAUACCUGUUGUCCGAAAAACUGGAGGUCUUUACGAUACUGUAUUUGAUGUUGACCAUGAUAAAGAGAGAGCAGAAUCACAAGGUCUUCAACCAAAUGGUUUCAGUUUUGAUGUGGCUGAUGCAGCUGGUGUUGAUUAUGCUCUUAACCGGGCAAUCUCUGCAUGGUACGAUGGCCGGGAUUGGUUUAACACAUUAUGCAAACGGGUGAUGGAGCAAGAUUGGUCAUGGAACCGACCAGCUCUUGAUUACUUGGAGCUGUACCAUGCUGCUUGCAAGUGAAAACAGUGGACCGCGAAACAGUUGGCUUGUAGGAAGAUUGAUCUUUGAUCCUCUGCUGCAUUUUGUACAGGUCUAGUUUAGUUGGCUAUGAAUUUUGCCCCUUUGUUUUUGCGAUGAAGAAGCACAAGUAAGUAGCUACAUAGGAAAAAUCCACUGUAAUUCAAAUAAUGCUAUUCAUUGGCAGUAGCAGUGAUGACAUGGUUCAUUUAUUAUAAAUUUUCUUGUGCAGACUGCAGAAAGCAUAGCUAGCAUCACGAAGUGUUGAAUAAAUAGUUUGGGAGUUUAGGUUCGUUUUGACUGAGAUUGAAGAAUCUCCUAAUAUUGCUUUAGUUUGGAAAUGAAAUAAAGUAUGUUGGAGGAGAA